CAUGCGAAAGAUACUAAAAAGAAGGUGAAGACCGAUGACAAGAAAGUCAAAGCUAAUGAGCAAAAAGAUAAAAACGUAGAAAAGAAAGAGAAAGUUCAAGAAAAGCAGAAGAAAAAACAAGCUGUGAUAGGAAAAAAGGCUCAAUAUUAA